AUCAUCAAUAUUUCAUCGGCGUCAAUAAGAGGCAGCGGCAGCGGGGACAGCGGCUGCGGCAGCACUGCCAGCUCCAGCACAGCCUGCGGCAGAGCCGGCUCUGUUCCUGCCACCACCAUGGACGUCUUCAAGAAGGGCUUCUCCAUCGCCAAGGAGGGCGUGGUGGGUGCCGUGGAGAAGACCAAGCAGGGGGUGACGGAAGCGGCUGAGAAGACCAAGGAGGGUGUCAUGUAUGUGGGAGCCAAGACCAAGGAGGGUGUCGUGCAGAGCGUGACCUCAGUGGCUGAGAAGACCAAGGAGCAGGCCAAUGCUGUGAGUGAAGCGGUGGUCAGCAGCGUCAACACCGUGGCCACCAAGACCGUGGAGGAGGCGGAGAACAUCGCGGUCACCUCGGGAGUGGUGCGCAAGGAGGAGCUGAAGCCACCUGCCCCGCCCCAGGAGGAUGAGGCAGUCAAAGAGGAAGCGGUAGAGGAGGCCAAGAGUUGGGGAGACUAGAGGGCUACAAGUCCGCUGCAGAGGCCGAGAGCAACCCCCUCUGCGUGGAGCCCAGCCCCUCCGGCCACUGCAUGCUAGUCAGUCCUGGAGCGUGACCUUGGGGUGGCCCUUGCUUCCUGGCAGCCCAGGCCCGUCUUCCCAAGCUACACCACCUUCAUCUCUCCCUCACCCUCCCAGCCUCUGUCCUUCUAACCCCACAGAUGCUGCUGUGAAUUCUUUUUAAUGAUUUCAAAUAAAACUCAAGUCCCCACACCUGG